AUGGCGGUCGUACACGAUGAAAAUGAGCUCCGCCAGAUCGAGGCAGAACUCCACAUGGAGAUCCUGCCUGGCACCGAGAUCAUGGCGGAUGUCGGUGAACAUCACUUCGUCAAAGGCGCCCAUCGCACCGUUCUCGUACCGCAACCCUCGGACCAUCCAGAUGAUCCACUCAACUGGAGCACGCCGUGGAAGAUUGCGUGUAUUGUGAGCGCGAGCAUGGUCACAUUCACGCAGGGUUUUGGGCCGUUGGCGUUGGCGCCUGCGUUUCCGGCGUUGAUGGAGGCGUUUGAGUGCAGUUUGGCGGAUGCAGUUCAGUUUACUGGAGUGUGUAUUCUGGUGCUGGGGUUUAGUAACUUCGUCUGGGUCCCUAUCAGCAGUUCCUUCGGUCGUCGUCCCGUCUACCUUCUCAGUCAAAUCAUCAACUUUGGCACGUCCAUUUGGCGCGCCAAAGCUAAUUCAUAUGGAUCCUUCAUGGGAGCCUGUGUGGUAAACGGUUUGGGAGCCGGACCAGCCGAGACAAUUAUGCCCGCAGUCAUCGCGGAUAUCUUCUUCCUGCACGACCGCGGCAAAUGGAACACUCUCUACUGGGUCGUCUACAUGGGCUCUUUGAUGGUCGGACCCAUCAUCAACGGAGCUAUGGUUGAGACUGUUGGCUGGAGGAGUUUCUGGUGGUUCAACACGGGUCUGCUUGGAUUGAGCAUCCUCAUGGUCAUCUUCAUGUUCCCGGAAACGAGAUAUCCUCGCGAAUACGUGCCUGCAGCGGGACCGGCUCCGAGUAGCCCUGCAGCGUCCUCCACCGAGAAGAACGGCACGGGGCAUAACGACGAGCUCGACGUAGAACAAGAGAAGAUUCAACACACACCUACGGCGAACUCUGUACUGCCCAGCAAUGAGGAAGAUCUUUCGCGCGAGGAAACGGCGAUGCGCGAUCCGUACCUGGGCAAGGGCAAGCCGAGCAAAGGACAAUGGGGUCUCUUCCAGAAGAACGCGCACCCGUUAAAGAGUAUCCUACUAGAUCUCUGGAUUCCAUGGAAGCUUUUUGCUUUCCCGAUUGUCGAAUUCGCGAGCUUCGUCGUGUCAUGGAGUUGUAGUUCGUUCCUGACGCUGAACUUGACCCAAAGUCAGGUAUUUGCUGCGCCGCCCUACAACUUCAAGCCUCUAUCGAUCGGUUUUAUGAACUUCGCCGUCUUGGUCGGUGCCUUGAUCGGCCUCUUCACCGCCGGUCCACUCUCCGACUGGGUCUCUGCACGCUCCACAAAACGCAAUAACGGCAUUCGAGAGCCCGAAAUGCGCCUCCCAGCCAUGAUACCCUACAUCAUCAUUAUGUAUAUCGGCAACAUCAUCGUGUCUGUCGGCUACGACAACCAUUGGCCCUGGGAAGCCAUCGUCAUAAUAGGCUACACCUGCGCCGGCAUCCAAGUCGCUGCUCUCCCCGGUAUCGUGAGUACCUACGCCGUCGACAGCUACAAGCCUGUUGCAGGCAGCCUGUUCGUCAGUAUCACGGUGAACAAGAAUGUGUGGGGUUACGGGUUCAGCAAGUUCAUUACGCCGUGGUCAGAGGAGGCGGGCUUCGUGCCGCCGAUCAUGACGAAUGCGAGUUUGAUCCUGUUGUGGUGUUUGUUCACAGGGCUGUUUUGGUGGAAGGGGAAGACGUUCAGGAGGUGGAGCAGGAACAGCAAGGUGCACAAGAUGUAG